UUUCUCCACACGUGUGGUUUUGUUUACGAAUUUUCUCCAACUUCGAGUUCGAUUUUCUUGAAUUUUUAAUAAAAAGUACAAAAAAUAGUUAAAAUUUGAAACAAAAAUGUCUUCCGAGGAAGAAUUCAUUCGCUGGUUAAAUCGUCCGGAGAAAUCUUUUGAAGACAAUUUCAGUUUUGCCAUCAAAGCAUGGAAAUCCUCGGAGUUCCCUUUGUCGAGUAAGUACGAGAAAGUCCUCGACUGGUUGGCAGGGAAAACAAAACAUCUAGGAAAAACAACAGAGGACUUCAAAGAGAAUCUUCUCUCCGAAUUCCUUCAACUGCGAUGUCCUCUCGGUUCGAUUGAUUUGGCGGUAAAAAGGAAUUUCAUCGAGGGAAUCCUGAAAUGGAUCCACAGCUGGAAAAGUCUUGACAACCGCAAGCCCAUUGAGAUUCUCUUUGGCAUCUCAGAACUUGAAAUGAUGCAGGAUCUAUUUCGAAGUGACUAUGAGAUGUAUUCCAAAGUUCUGGGACAGAUAUUCAAGAGCUAUGAAAACUAUCUACGACACUCGGAGGAGGCAAUCCUCGUGGGGAGUGAGUCUGAGUUCUUUGGAAAAGUCAUGGGAACUGUGAAAUCCCGCUCGUCCAAAGCGGGAAAUGUCAAAGAAUUCGAGGAAAAGUUCAGAGAAUUCACAUUUCAGAACCUGGUCGAGUUGAUAAUUGUCUUCCAACACAAAGGACUCAAGUUCUUUGAUGAGCUGCUGGAGUUGGAGAAGACCCUCUACGCUGACUACGUUGAGACCAAAUUGAUAACUAAGCUGCUGAAGCUCCCCAUACACGUCAACCUUCUGGCCUUCGAAUGCGCCAUCGUAAACUAUCGAGGCGACUUCAAAUUCUAUCAACAGUUGAUCAAAACCAUAUUUGAAAGUCUUCUCAAGGGCAAACUGGCUAAGGAUAAAGCUCUGAGUCUCACCAUGGUCAGCUAUAUGUUGGAAAUGUUCAGAAAACACGACAUUUCGCUGAACUUUGAAGUCAUCCCGCAUAAAACCACCGCCAUUCAAUACUUCGGAGAUAAAGUGACGCACUUUGUGACCGCUUUCCAGGAGGACCAUCUGUUGGAGGUUCUUAAUCUUCUAUGUGCAACCCUCCGCCUGAAUCCUUUGAUCCUAGAAAAGAGUGUAUUCGAAAUCACAGCUAAAAUGAUGGUAGCCAAAAAGAACGAACAGGAGCAGGAGGUAUUUGAGGAGUACCUAAUCCUCUUGAUGGACAUGUUCAAGAAACUGAGCAGGGCUGAAAAAUUCGUUGCUUCCCUCCAGAAGUCGGUGAGGUUGAUCCUGGACACUCACAAAGUUCCAAAAAAGACUAAGAGACGUCGGACAAUCACAGAUUCAAUGGAGGACGGUGGAGGCAAAAAAGCCAAACUUGAGAAUGGAGAGGAAAUCAAUGUGUCUUCUUCAGGUGAGGAUGAUAUAAACUUCUACCUCCAAGUGCUAUUCCGGGACUUCCAUCAACACCCAGAGUCAAAGAGCAAGACUGAGAAAGUCUGCAGCUUUCCUCACAUUGCCUUCGCAUGGCCAUCGACCUCGGUGGGUCUUGGUUUCUCGAAGCUCAUUAUAGGCCUGAUGUCCAAACCAUCGUUGGUCAUCUGGAAGACGACGAUCUACGCCCUCAAAGAGCUCAUAGCCGAAGCUACCACCUCCUCUCUCGACGAUAAUAUCCUGUUCCUCUUUGACUUUUACUCAUCCUUGGUUUGUCAGUAUUUCUCUGGUUGCAAGCUUCCGGAGCAAUCAGACAAGUUUUGGACUGAAAUUGAGAACAAUCGCCAACUGACUCGAGAAACUCUCAAGGAAUUUGGACACUUCCUGUUGGCUCAGGAGCACAACAAUCGCACGAUGAAUGCUUUCCUCGAGUGCAGCUACUAUGCUGGGUUGUUCGACCUCCUCCUCUGGUACUACCGUCCCGAUUUCAUGACCAACGACGAAGAGUUCUCUGAGUCGUCGAAGACCCUCCAUGGAUAUCUCUCCGAGGACGAAUGGAUGCUGAUCAAGCAAAGGAUCAUCAACUUCGGCCGAGUUGAGUGUAAGUUCAAUGCCAAUCGCUUGCUUCUUCAACAGCUCAAGGGAAGAAUGUUGUUCCAGCGGAAGAAGUCGCUUCAUCUCCAGAAGACCAUGCUCGCUCCUACCGCAUCGGACUUCGAACAGACAAAGUUAGUCUUCUCGGGAUCAUCAGAUGAGGGUUCCUGGUUGCUCUCGAACAUGAGUUCCAAGGAGAAGCAUGAAAUCUGUGAACUCCUCGUCCAGGAAAUGGAUUUCGAAAUGAUCGAAACCUUUGUCGAGGAUAUUGAGGCCUUGGAGAUGAUUGUGCUCGAGUUGUAUCGAAAGCUGGGAGUGCUCUUCCAGGGAACCAAAAAGGCAAUCCUAAGUAAAAUAGACUUCGAUGGAGAUGUGGAGACGAUACGGCAGACGAUCGUCGAAAAGAAGGAAACCUACUCGGUGAAGAAACUCGAGGCAGAAGGUUUGAAGGAGAUUCUCGAGCUCAUUGGGAAGCUGCCGAUUGGGUGUAGCAGAAAAACCAAGAAGGAAAUAUUCUUCCUUCUGCAAUUGGCCGUGUUCAGAGAUUUAAAGGCAUCCGAGGAAGAGGAACUAGCAAAGAUGGCUUUUGAGGUGUUGACUGACAUCCUCCAUUUUGGGGAACCAAUUCAGAUCUUCAAGUUAUUCCCCAUUGAUCGGUUGGUGGCCAUUCUGCCGCCAUCUCAAGCUUCCGAGCUCUAUGGGUUCAUCUUCUCGACUCUGAGAUUUGAUGUCGACCUUGCUGAGGAAUUUCUCAAAUCCGUGUGUCAAAUUUUGGAAGAGAAUCAAUCUGACAUAAGCGAUGAUCAUGUGAAGCUCUUAAUGAUGUCCAUUGAGACUCUAAUCGAGAGUACGACGCAUAAGAAGUUGAAGAAGUUCUUGGAGGGAAUUCUUAAAAUCUAUGAAUCACACGUUUUGGCCUAUUUUAAGGAAGAACACGACCGCAAAGCUAAGAAGGAUAAGAAAUUCGUGGAGAAGACUGUCUCGGGAUUUGUAGUUUAUGUGAAAUCGAUCCUGGCCAAAACAAAAGCCACCGAUCAACUCGAUGAGAACUUUAGGAGGAUCUGUAAGAUUUAUAUUGGGUAUUCGAUGGAUUGUUAUAAUCCCCACGCUAUCAAAUUGAUCAUGGUUGCCUUGAGUCAUCAUGAGAUUCUACACUUUGAUCAGGAUGAAAUUGAGUUCGUUUUGAAUGGCUACUGGAAGCAAUUGAAUGAGGACCUGAAAGUGUCAAAGUUGGACGAGAAAACAGCAGAAUCUGUGAUCAAAAUUGUUAUCAGCAACAAAACCAACGAAGAUCUUCUCUUUACGUUGAAGAAAAUUGGGAAGAAUAUUCCAAAAGAAGAUUUCGGAUAUAUUUGUAGAGUUUUGGCUCUGAUUGCAAAGUGUCCGUUCAGUACGAUCAAAGGAGCGAUCUUCAAUGAGCAUUUUAAGUUGAUCACAUUCAAUAUGGUUCUUCGGCUAGAGAAAGAUGACCAAUUCCAGUUUGUGGACUAUGAAACUGUCCUAAGUUUGUUGGAAUGUCAGAAGGCCUUUGCUGAAAACUCAAAGAUUCCCAUGUCCUAUGACACCCUCGAUGACAUCCUGGCUUUCAUGAUGGACAUCAAUGUGAAAAAGUUCCCCGUGGGCGAUACAAACGUCAAACUCUUCAAAUCCAUUUACCUGACUAUGACAGAAUUGUGUACAAAUCUCAUCAAAUAUCGUCAUCUGAUCCUCAUGGAUCGAGUUCCUCAGUUUGUGCAUGUUUUCAAAGAUCUCCUGCAAGCGAUUUGUUGGUAUAAGAGCGAUAGACAAAAGGAUACAGUUUUGGGAAGUGAAGAACUCGACGACUUGGCUGAGUUGGCAUUGAAAAUGGAGAGUCUUAUGCAUUUGAUAGCCAGUCAUAGUUUGGAAGUUAAGCGAGUGGCGCCGUAUGUCCUGACAUUUGCCAUAAAUCUUAUGGUUUCUAAUAAGAGGCCUACAACUCUUUAUCCUAAGAUAAAAACUCAUAUUGAAAAUAUUUGCUAUGAUCUGGUGGCUGUUUGUGAUCAUCGUGUUGGAAGAUUUAUUUUAAGAUGUUCGAAUGAGGCUGCGAGACAAGUUUACGAGGUUCUGGUUAAGGAUCAUAAGAAAUAUCAUAAGUUCAAGGGAAAGGUGUAAAUGUAUUUUUUUUGUAUAUUUUUUUUUUUUUUGAAUGUAUGACCGAUGUACCUUAAGACCGACCAAUAAAAUAAAGACGAGAUUUGUAAAAUUAGGACUUAAA